AUGGAGUGUGGACGUCUAAACAGCGGUAUGAGGUGGAGCGCUUACUCCUUCACGUCAUCGAAACCGUGCAUACCUUCAGUUGUGAUAGAGGACUGUGAUAGCGAACAUAGUGAUCCAAGUGCAGUGACCAACAACUUCUUGAGAACUUACCCCGAAGACGACAAUGAAGGCGAAUCGCUGAUUCUCAAUAAGCAACUUUCAAAAAGUAUCGAAGAUUCAAAUGAAGCUAACGGACUUACCCGCCUUUACGAGAACCCGCCUUUUAUUUCCGAGGGAGUCUUAAAUGAUGAGAUAAGCAAAGAAAGGGGUGCCGAAGAACUAAUGAAGAGUGAAGCAAAAAAGUUUCAGGAUUAUAAGUUUUGCGAGGCAGUUAACGACUUCGACAUUGAGUUGGAAGGCGGGGAGGCGGUUCCUAUAGUUUACCUUUCUACGACGCGGGCAGCGAAACUGCAGAGAGCACUCCGUCUCGCCGGUUUAAAAAAGCACUCUCGACCGGCUCUCCAAUUAGGCGGUGAUGCACACGAC